AUUUGUAUGUAAUUAAAAUUCAAAUGAAAUUAGACAAUUUUCUUCGUGCUUUUUCCCAAAAAAUUAGGGGGGUGAAUCAAUAAAUGAUUUGAAUGUGUUACCUUCACGUACAACUUGGAAACGUCAUUAUCUACAGUUUGUGCUGUAUAUUUACAAAACAGAUCAUAUUGCCUAUAAGAAAUUAAAUAUUCACGUUUUCAAAAAGAAAUUGAGGCUCAGGUAGCCUUCAGGGAAAACUCGGAAAGUCCACUAUCCUGGAUUCUACUGUAUGAACAAUUAAGUACUGGUCCUCUGAUUGUUAUUUUUCCUACAGUCCUGCAAGGCACCGUCAUGGUUCUGUGUGACGUCAGGCGGAAGAAGGGUGACAGGGGGCGGAGCCCGGCAGAAGAUGGCGGCUCCUCGCUGCAGGUUCGACCUGUGCGGCGUCGUUUGCCUGCUCCUGACGUACUUCAGCGUGUUCUACGCGGACUACGUGGUGGUCCGGUAUGUUCUCAUCCCCACGUUCUCCGGCAGCGUGUGGUGCAGUCUCCAUGGAUCCGUGUUCAACCUGAUUCUGCUGCUGCUGCUGGCCUGUCACUCAAAAGCCGUCCUCUCAGACCCUGGUAAGGUGCCUCUUCCAGACACGGCCCUCGACUUCUCAGACCUGCGCUCGCAGUCGACUCGGAUGAGCGAGCGGGGCUGUGAGGGCUGGACGGUGUGCAGCCGCUGUGAAACCUACAGACCUCCCAGGGCGCACCACUGCCGCGUGUGUCAGAGGUGCAUACGCCGCAUGGACCAUCACUGUCCAUGGAUCAACAACUGUGUCGGGGAACUGAACCAAAAGUAUUUCAUCCAGUUUCUCUUCUACACUGGCAUGGCCUGCCUGUACUCCAUGGUGCUGGUGGUGUCGGCCUGGGUGUGGCAGAUCAGGAACGAGAGAGAUGGCGACGCAGAGAAAGAAGGAGAGGAGACGCCGAGCAAGCACCUGAUCGUCGCUCACUACAUCAUCCUGCUGGUGGAGUCGGUGCUGUUCGGUGUGUUUGUCAUGGUUAUCUUCUAUGAUCAGUUAAUCUCGAUUAUCACGGACGAGACUCCGAUAGAGCAGAUGAAGAACCGACUGAUGAUCAAAGACAGAGGAGCUUCAUCUACCUCCUCUUCCUCCUCCUCCUCCUCACAGCUGCCCCACCACCCCCCACACACCCGCAAGCCCAAGAUCGCUCUGCUGCGGGAGGUCUUCGGACGAGGCUCAGUCUUCUUUUGGUUUCUUCCUCUCCACUCCAACCCUCCAUCCGUCGGGGGCGUCUCCUACUCGGCUCUGCCCGACUACGACGUCUGACCUCUGGUCUGUGAGAGAGGACGAGGAACAGAUGGCGAGGAAGGUUCUCUGUGUGUGUGUGUGUGUGUGUGUGUGUGUGUGUGUGUGUGUUUACAUGUGUGUUUACAUGUGUGAGUCAAUUUGCUGCCUAACUACGAUGUCUUAUCUCUGGAUCUGUGGUGACGAAGAGGAAGGUGGACGAAGGGGAUGGAUACCGCGGAUGAAUGAAGAGAGAGAGUGAGUGUAUUAGAUGAAUGUGUGUGUUUGUGUGUUUGUGGUUUCAUCCCCAGGAAAGGAAAAGUUCCGCCUCAGACUCCAGACUCAUGGAACUCUCUUUCCUGUCUUUCCUGUGAUGAGGGAAGAGCACUGACGCUCCUUGUUCUGUCUCCACUUCUCUUCUCAUGGAAACUUCUUCUUUUGAUAUUCACUCUGGGGUUUGACUGAUGCCGGUUUAGCAUCGUGGAUAUUUUUGACACUAAAAUGUUUUUAACCACAGACUGUAAAAUAAAGAUGGAUGACGCGUGUCCACUUCCUCCCGUGACAAUACAAAUACAAAAUCUUGAAAACGGGCGCCACCAUCUUGCGCCUUUGGUGUGAGUCUGUGAAGGAGGGAUCGCGGAGUCAUGGUUCUGAGGUCCCGCCCAUUUAACCCAAGUGUCAGUCAAACUUCAGCCAGUUUCUUUUUAUGCGUGGUUACUGAAUUUUGAUUAUGUUUACCAAAAUUACAAGGAAAUUAUUUAUGUUUGUUUUUCUUGGACAGAAUCAAAUUCUGUUUUGUUUUUUGUUUACAAUUCUACUUACCGUUCAGGUCGAGCUUUAAGAAAUGACUGGAUGCACUGAUGUGGAGUUUUGAAGGUGAUGACGUGAAGCUUUAACAUUUUUGCCUGUAAUCAGGGAAAACACGCACUGUUAACAGUUUUCUGUUAAAUCUAAGUGAAGGGAUGAUUCUUAACUUAUUUAUUGUUUUUCUUCUGUGGAAAUUUCUCUAUCAAUAACUGUAUUUUAAUGUUGCGGGUGGAGCUGCCUUUUGACGCUGAUCUGGGUUUAACUAAAUCCACUUUUUCUGGUUCUUAUCCCAACCAAUAACAUGGAGGAGGCAGGGUUGUAUGACCUAUACCGCAGCCUGCCUCUAGGGGGCAAUCCAGAUAUUUUGGCUUCACUUUUAUGUCGGCUGGUGUCACAAAGGCAGUUUCACCCGCGAGUGUGUUUUUAUGAAUGUGUGUAUAUAGAUAUUCUGAAUUCAGUGUUUGACCUGAGUUGAACUGUUUAUGAUACACAAGGGAACUUUAUGUUGCAGUGGGUUAUAUUAAUAUAUGAAUUUAAGUAAGUGUUGUGAUGCUCCUUUUAAAAACAACAACUGCCAGUUGGGAAAUGAAAUCACACAUUUCCUUAUUUAUGGACCAAUAGGACUUUUUUUAAUACACUUUUAAUGUUUAUAAGGAAAAUCAAAUUCCUGAUAUUAACUGAUGAUCUAUUUUAACACUUACUUACCACAGAAAAAUCAUUUGUCCUCUCGUCUCUCAACAAACAAACUUUAAACUCUGUGAGAUGUUGGCAGUGGUUCUAAGAAGCAGGCGGUCCUGUAAAACUGUAUUCACACGCUAAGUGUACUGGCGGAUAUUUCACUGCGUGUAAAGCAGCUAGCUAUGCCGUCAAGUGAGCUUCUGGGGGUGAAGCUCCUGAUCUCAGAGCUGGUGGCACAAAUAGCUAAAAACUUGUUUGACCAGAAGCCCUUCAGAGGACACGGUGUUCCCGGCAGCCUUUGUCUAGAGUCCAGUUCUCUAUCUGUUAACCGUCUCGCUCGCGAUGUGAAUGCAUGUUUUCGUUUCGCCGAGGCUUGGUGGGACAAAAUGUCCUCCGAGCUCAGAGGCCUCACGUCCUUCACAGUGUUUAAAUCAGGCUGUAGAGCUGGAGCGGGACCUCGAGGGAUGAAGGGGCGGAGCAUGUUGCUUCUGUGUUGUACAUAAGAAGGUUCAUAUUUUAUAUUGACGAUGUGAGAUUCUCCUGAGGGGAAUGUCACUGAUCUGAGCUCUGUUGGAACUGUUGGUUUUUCUAUCACAAUUUGAGUAAAAACAAUGUCAUGAAAUGUUUUUUGUGAAUUAAAGAGAGAGGAGGGGAAGUUAAGUUCAGUCCAGUUUUCUUUAAGGACAUUUCAAACUGAAUGUGUUCUGUCCAGGUGUGUGUGUUAUCUAUCAGGGGACUGGCUUGCUUGUUUGUUUCUGUUGACAAAAUGCAGUUGAUAUUUAUUUUGUUUGUGUCAAAGGGGUGCGCUUGUUUCGCUUUGUCAAACAAGCACACCCCUUUUGCUGUUUUACUUGACAGCAGGAAGGAAUGUGUGAACAAAACAAAGAGGGCACGAGACAAACCCUUCAGCCACCACCCAACACUUGACUUGCACCUGAUGCUGAACUCGGAACCUCAUCGAAUUCUGCGGCCGAACAAGAGAACAGAACAAAACCCACAAAACCGCCAACACACUUUUUGAAGCUCCUUCUCAGAAUCAAUCAGGUUAUUGAGACAACUAUGAAUGUUCAUGUUUUACACACUCAGCUUUGUCUCCUGAGGAACUUCCCUCAGCAGGUUUAACUUGACACUUAAUUGGUUGGCUGAUUGGUCGAACAGGUUAGUCCUGCCCUGCGAACAAAACCUACAGAGAAUUUGAUAUCAUGUGGCUUCAUGAUGAACAAGUUUACAAUCUACAAGCCGUGACCUGUGUAUUAUUCCUAUUGACAUGCUGCUCCUGCUCGUUGGACCAGAAGUAAAACUGAUGUCUUUUCAACUAC